AGUUAAUGUUCCGAUGAAUGUAGCAUCAGGAGGACCUGGCAGUAUGAUGGUACCACCGCUACGCGCGUCUGCGCCCAUGACUUCCGUUUCUUUGAAAUCGCCAACCGUUUCAGUGCAGGGAUAAAGAGCAGUUGCCGAAAGUGAUAUCAUGGCCUUCUAUACAACUCGGGUUGAUGACAGUGGUAACGAAAUUGAGCGACGCCACUCGGCUCGUAGUUUAGCAAUUUCAGUAGGUGCCAGCAGUACCAGUGCCAGUACCUCUCGCAUCAUCCUAAGUUCACGAAGCUGUGAAACAAAGUCAAGCGUGAGGUACAUAAAUCGUGCUGCUUUUAUUGAAAAAACUCCCGACCAAAGCGAAACAAGUAGUAUAAAUGAAGAUAAUAAACCCCAUCCACCAUCCGAGAAUCACAGUGAUAUAGUUCCACCCUUGGACCUCCAGUCGGAAGAUAAUUACCCUACUACCAGAGACUACACUUUUUCAUAUCGCAAACACUGCGAAGCGGCUAAAAUUGUUUUAAAGCCUGAUUUAGCUUAUGAAACCUGGUUAUCUGCCAAAAGAAAACUUAUAUCAGAUGAAGCUUCCCGUCGACGAAGAGCUGAAGAGCAGAAGCACAAGGAGCAAGAGGCGAGAAAGCGUCUUUCUGAAGAAAAGUUUCACCAAUGGCUGAAAACAAAAUCCGGUCAAACUCGUUCGCGUGAAAAAAUUAAGCUACAGAUUGAACAGGAAGAAAAACCAUCGAAGUCUCUUAUUAGCGAAGAAGAAGCGCAAGCAAAAUUAGAGGCCUGGGAACGUGCCAAACAGCUGGAGGAGGAACGUCGCCGAAAUCUCAAGAAGGAAGAGGAAGAACGACGCCGUUCAAUUGAAGAACAGCGACGUCAAAUGGCGGCAGAGGCUUGGAAAAAAUGGCUUGCUGAAGUGGAUAAGAAACCACGACCGGUUCCUCUCAACCGCGGGAUCUUCACUUUGCGCGGUACAAUUUCCGACAUUUUCGUCAACCCGAACAAGUGGCAAAGCACAAUACCAAUAGAUGAAGAAUGAUUCACUGGAUUGAAAUUUCAGUUUCUUUUAGUGCCUACAUGUCUAGUCUCUUUAACAGAUCCCCAAGGGCCGAUUUAUUACAGGCCCACUAUUUUUUGUUCAAUUAAAAAUUUUAAUAACCAUAUGGUUAAGUACGUAGGACAAAGCAGGGAACAAACAAUACAAGCCAAUUUUUAAACUAAUUGGCAUAGAAUAACUAACUUUUAAAGUUCUUAAAAUUAGUUUAGAAUAAUUUGGACAGAAUGGGAUACAGCAAACCUUAAACAAUGAUGUUAUGUAACAACAUACAAGUUCCCCAAAGUGUGGGAAGUGUUGCUUGAGUGACAGUGCUUGGCCAGAUAUAAAUCUUUUCUUGAAAUCUACGAAACGCUAUUUUGAUAUAUACCUACAUGCAGUUAUUCGCAAAUGCGAUAGAAUUUUGCCGUACAUUUAGACACCAAUGAUGACAGCAGCUCCGGCAACUUGAUCAUAUCGCACGUUUAAUAAUAUAGAGAAUUACUUAAUUUUUAAAUUUGUGAGAAAACGCAAUCAAAGUUUGAUCAA